AUGGCAUCGCACAAAAAUCGUCGAGGUCGAACAGCUCUUCAUGAAGCAAGUGAAACCGGUUGCCUCGAAAUGAUUAAAUAUUUAUGGGAAAAUAUUAACAAUCCUUCGGAAGAUCCAUAUGCAUCACUCUUGAUUCCGGAUGAUAGUCUGUCAACAUGUCUCCAUAUAGCUGCAGCUGCAGGUAAAUUUGAGGUAGUCCAAUUCCUUCUCAGCAGGGUUCCGUGUGGUCUAAAUCGAGUUGAUACAAAUAAACGUACUGCACUCCAUUUGGCUUGCCAACACGGUCAUAAGAACAUUGUCGAAUAUUUGCUCAAACAACGAGCAUUGGUUACACUACGUGACUAUCAACUCUACAACUGUCUUGAAGUUGCCAUUGUUAAUCAUCAUCGAGAUAUUGUCGACGUUCUCCUUGCACAUGAAUCGUGGCAUGACAUGAUGUGCAACGCUCAACCAAUUGAAGAUACAUGUGCAUACGAUACUCCUAUGCGAAAGUUAAUUCGACACAUGCCUUAUGUCACUGCUGACCUAUUGACUAAAAAAUUGACACGAAUAGUUGGUGGAAAAGACCAACAAGUGUUCAAGACAAUAUACGAUUAUGAAUUCUUCGAAGAUGAAUUUAGAGUCAAAAAAUGGCAUCUUCAAGGUAUUGUAUGUUACAAAAAAUAA